UAGCUUCUAUUUCAGAGUGCCGUGGCUUGCAGAGGUAAGGGGGUAAGAUACCCUGUUACGCAACGGAUAGAACAGAACACAGACACACACAACGAUGACUGGAAGUUGUGAAUUUCAUAACCCCGACCGAGAAUUGAGGCCAGAACGGGCGGGCUUGGAAGUGAUUUGCCAAGUCCACCUGUCUUUCUCAACAGAUAAAACUCUUCCCCCAAAUCUUCUCCCCGAGAAACCCUCCAAUCAGACCCGCUGGUUUCCUGCGCCUGCCCCGAGGUCCACUAGUGGCUCGUUCUUGAUUGGUCAGCACUACGUCAGGAGUCAGCCUCGUUUCCGUAGCAUUUCUCCGGAUUCCGGUAUCCCAUACCCGUACUUUACAGGGGAGCCAACAGCUUUGGGUAACGCGUCACAUGAGCUUGUCCCUGCAAAGGCUCAAUGAGCUUUCGUCAGCGUCAGAAUCCCCCCGGAAUGUUGACAGGUCUUCUCGUCGCUCAAUACGUGUUCACGGUACAACGUACUUUCAGCAUCUCUCUCAUACGUCUAUCUUGGCCAUUCAGCGCUGUUCCUUAAGAUCAGCUGACUCACGAUCUAGACCAUGGACUCGUCAUCCCCAACCGUCUCCGCAGCAGUGUGGCUGAGCGAGAAGCUAUGGCU